ACGUCCUUAGCGAAUUCGUGGAUUCAAGCCCCUUCCGGGGUCAUGUCUUAAACUCACAAUCAACUCUUGGCUUCCUGGGGGGUUUUUUUUUGCUCCUGUCGCUGGUUCGAUUUUGAUUGCGAAGUCCUCCAGACGAAGAUAUUGUGAGAUUUCCUCUCAGCCCACCCGCCACUUUCCCUGCGUCCGGCACCCGCGAUUCUCGAUCCCAGCUAUAAUAAUCGCCAGCUAGCAUCGAUUACUGGUCUUCCGUGCGCCGCGGCCCGUGACGGAGAAGAAACCCUGAAGAAGGGAAGAAAAAAAAAGAAAGAAAGACAAGACAAUGCUAUCACGAUUCCGAUGGACGAGCAUCAUAGCAGUCGCGCUCGCCGUCAUGUCGACGGCAGUUUUGUCCAUGGACAUCCACGAAGGUCUGCAUGAGGAAAUGCACUUUGGCUGGCAAAUGGGCCUGCGGGCACGGCAAUCUGCACAGAACCUACAGUUCUUCGGCGAGUCCAUAGGCGGCGCCUCGGCCCCUGCGAUUACGCAGUCGGACAAUCCUGACAGACCAUUCUUCGUUGAGGGUGAUACUUUCCCCGACUUCAAAACAGCUGCGGACCGAGCCUGCGACCUCCAGAAGAAUAACUGCGCCGAGGCAGCGAACAAUGGAGGAGGUGCCCACGAGGUCCGUGAUUGUGACCAGCAGAAUGACCGGUGCAAGGCGAGCAUCCCCCAGGCGACGCGAACGAGUUUCGAAGACGACCCUCAGCCGGCUCUCGUGAGCUCGGAUGCCAACUUUGAUUAUUUCUGUGAUACUUAAGGGCA